GAGUCAUCAAUUAUGCAGGGCAGCGGCACGCACUGGGAAGGAAGAUAGCAGCACCAAUAUGGCGACAGCCGCAGUUACUCCCGACUCCUCUCCACAUCUGCAGUUCAGUGCCAGCUAUCAGGAUAUUUGUUAAUGCCAGAAAAAACCUUUUUAUACUUGCAACCUGCCCCCGAGCAUCAAACAGGACGAGAUCACAAACUGAGCUGGAUGUUGGGAAUGGAAAACAAAUAAAAGGGAAAUAGCUGCAGGAUGAAAACAUGGCUGCGCCCCUUCUUGCACCCCCAGGACCUGACAGCUUCAAGAAAUUCACCCCUGAGUCUCUCGCUAACAUCGAGAAGCGCAUCAAAGAAGAGAAAAAUAAGAAGCCUCCUAAGCCCAGAUCAGACAGUAGUCAUCGCGACACAUCUGAUGAAAAUGAGACGAAGCCCAACAGCGAUCUGGAAGCAGGGAAGAGCCUGCCCUUCAUCUAUGGCGAUAUUCCUAAUGGAAUGGUGGCUACGCCCCUGGAGGACUUGGAUCCAUAUUAUCUAAACCAGAAAACAUUUAUAGUCCUAAACAAGGGGAAAACAAUCUUCCGCUUCAGUGCCACACCCUCCUUGUACAUCAUAAGCCCUUUUAAUCCACUAAGGCGAAUAGCCAUAAAGAUUUUGAUACAUUCAUUAUUCAGCAUGAUCAUUAUGUGUACCAUUUUGACCAACUGUAUAUUCAUGACAUUUAGUGAUCCACCAGAGUGGUCCAAACAAGUAGAGUACACCUUCACAGGUAUCUACACCUUUGAGUCACUUACCAAAAUUGUUGCCCGAGGUUUUGCCAUCGAUGGCUUCACGUUUCUCAGAGACCCAUGGAACUGGCUGGACUUCAUGGUCAUUUCAAUGGCAUAUAUAACAGAGUUUGUGGACCUUGGGAAUGUCUCGGCGCUGAGAACGUUCAGGGUUCUCCGAGCAUUGAAAACUAUUUCUGUCAUUCCAGGCCUGAAGACUAUUGUGGGCGCCCUGAUACAGUCCGUGAAAAAACUGUCGGAUGUGAUGAUCCUGACCGUCUUCUGUCUCAGCGUCUUUGCGCUUAUUGGAUUGCAACUCUUCAUGGGAAAUCUCAGGCAAAAGUGCGUCUUCUGGCCCAUUAACAUGACUGAGCAAUAUCUAGAAAACGGCAGCCGAGGUUUUGACUUCGAUGCAUACAUCAUGAACAAAUCAAAUUUCUACUUCCUGCACAAUGCCAUCGAUGCCCUGAUAUGUGGAAACAGUUCGGAUUCAGGAGGAUGUCCUGAGGGUUAUACAUGCAUGAAAGCUGGAAGAAACCCAAACUACGGUUACACCAGUUUUGACAGCUUUGGCUGGGCUUUCCUUACCCUCUUUCGUCUCAUGACUCAGGACUUCUGGGAAAAUCUCUACAUGCUGACUCUCCGAGCUGCAGGGAAGACUUACAUGGUUUUCUUUGUGCUGGUCAUCUUUGUGGGAUCCUUCUACCUGGUGAAUCUGAUCUUGGCUGUGGUGGCCAUGGCUUAUGAGGAGCAGAAUCAGGCCACAAUGGAGGAGGCAGAGCAGAAAGAGGCUGAGUUCAAAGCUAUGCUGGAACAGCUCAAAAAGCAACAGGAAGAGACACAGGCUGCUGCUAUGGCCACAUCCGCAGGGACAGUGUCAGAGGCUGCAUUAGAGGAUGUAGAAGGCGGUCACUUGUCCCGUAGCUCCUCAGAGGUCUCCAAGCUGAGCUCAAAGAGUGCCAAAGAACGUCGCAAUCGCAAGAAGAAGUGGCGUCAGAAAGAGCAGGAGAAGGAGAAAGGAGACAGUGAGAAGGUAGUUAAGUCUGAGUCAGACGAUGGCAGCAAGAAAAGCACCAUCCGCUUCCCAGGAACUCGACUGGGGAGAAGGCCAUCCAUAAUGAACCAGUCUCUCCUCAGCAUCCCCGGCUCGCCCUUCAUGUCACGUCACAACAGCCGCAGCAGCAUCUUCAGCUUCAAGGGUCGUUCCAAGGACAUGGGCUCGGAGAAUGAGUUUGCAGACGACGAGCACAGCACUGUUGAGGAGAGCGAAGACCGUCGUGACGACCGGCGGGGUUCACUGUUCAUACCUUACCGUCGCAACAGCUACAGUGGCUACAGCCAAGGCUCGUCGCGCAUCCACCCGCUGGUGCCACACUCUGGAGGGAAGCGGAACAGCACAGUGGACUGCAACGGCGUGGUGUCUCUCAUUGGCCCUGGGCCUGGCAGACGGCUUCUGCCUGAGGUGAAAAUAGAUAAGGCAGCCACUGAUGACAGUACUACAGAUGUGGAGAUUAAGAAGAAACACUCUGGCUCUCUGAUGAUAUCAGUUGAUCAGCUCAACUCCUCCUUCAAAGGAAAAGACCGUGCAAACAGUCAGAUGAGUGUGGUCACCAACACUCUUUUAGAAGAGUUAGAGGAAUCUCAGAGGAAGUGUCCUCCCUGUUGGUACAAGUUUGCAAACAUCUUCCUCAUCUGGGAAUGCUGCCCCAUCUGGCUAAAACUCAAGCACAUUGUCUACUUAAUUGUCAUGGACCCUUUUGUGGACCUGGCCAUCACCAUCUGUAUCGUGCUCAACACUCUUUUCAUGGCCAUGGAACACUAUCCGAUGACCGAACAUUUUGAGAAUGUCCUUGCUGUUGGCAACCUGGUUUUCACCGGCAUCUUUGCUGGGGAGAUGUUUGCCAAGCUCAUAGCCAUGGACCCCUACUACUACUUCCAAGAAGGAUGGAACUGCUUUGACGGCUUCAUUGUGACCCUGAGUUUAGUUGAAUUGGGACUGGCUGACGUGGAAGGGCUCUCAGUUCUCAGGUCCUUCCGAUUGUUAAGAGUGUUCAAACUGGCCAAGUCGUGGCCCACACUCAACAUGCUGAUCAAGAUCAUUGGUAACUCGGUGGGAGCUCUCGGUAAUUUGACCUUGGUGUUGGCCAUUAUCGUCUUCAUCUUUGCCGUGGUGGGCAUGCAGCUGUUUGGAAAGAGCUACAAGGACUGCGUGUGCAAGAUUGCAGAAGACUGUGUGCUCCCACGCUGGCACAUGAACGACUUCUUUCACUCUUUCUUGAUCGUGUUCAGAGUACUGUGUGGGGAGUGGAUUGAAACAAUGUGGGACUGUAUGGAGGUGGCAGGACAGAGCAUGUGCUUAAUCGUCUUCAUGAUGGUCAUGGUUAUUGGCAAUCUAGUGGUGCUGAACCUGUUUCUGGCCUUGCUGCUGAGCUCGUUCAGUGCUGACAACCUUGCUGCCACUGACGACGACGGAGAGCCCAACAACCUCCAACUUGCUGUGGCCCGCAUCAAAAUUGGAGUCGCCUGGUUCAAGGCCAACAUGCGGAUCUUUGUCGCCACAGUGCUAAAAAAGCCCAUAGAGGAUGAGCAGAAGCCUUUGGAUGGAAUUUAUGAGGAAAAGCUCAACUGCAUCGCAAACCACACUGUUGAAAUCAACCGUGACCUGGACUAUCCCAAAAAUGGCAACGGCACUACCAGUGGCAUAGGGAGCAGUGUGGGGAAAUACAUGAUCGAUGACGACUACAUGUCUUUCAUCCACAACCCCAACCUCACCGUGUGUGUGCCUAUUGCUGUUGGAGAGUCUGACUUUGAAAAUCUCAACACGGAGGACUUCAGCAGCGAAUCAGAUGUGGAGAACAGCAAAGAUCUGGAUGACACCAGUUCAUCUGAGGGCAGCACUAUAGACAUCAAGCCGGAUGUAGAGGAGGUGGUUGUUGUCGAAGUGGUGGAGGAGUAUCUUGACCCAGACGCCUGCUGGACUGAUGAGUGUGUAGCGAAAUACAAGUGCUGUGACGUUCCCAUCACUCACGGAUGGGGAAAACACUGGUGGUUCCUGAGGAAGACCUGCUACCUGAUAGUGGAACACAACUGGUUUGAGACCCUCAUCAUCUUCAUGAUCCUCCUCAGCAGUGGAGCUCUGGCCUUUGAAGACGUGUACAUUGAACAGAGGAAGACAGUGCGUAUCAUUUUAGAUUAUGCCGAUCGAGUUUUCACCUACAUCUUCAUCCUGGAGAUGUUGCUGAAAUGGGUGGCCUACGGCUUUGUCAAGUACUUCACUAAUGCCUGGUGCUGGCUGGACUUCUUCAUUGUGGAUGUGUCUAUAGUCAGCCUUGUAGCUAAUGCUUUGGGCUACUCCGAUCUAGGCCCGAUUAAAUCACUCAGGACACUGAGGGCCUUGAGACCCCUCAGGGCCCUGUCACGUUUUGAAGGGAUGAGGGUUGUGGUGAACGCCUUGGUAGGAGCCAUUCCCUCCAUCAUGAAUGUGUUGCUGGUGUGUCUGAUCUUCUGGCUCAUAUUCAGCAUCAUGGGAGUAAACCUUUUUGCUGGGAAGUACUAUUACUGUUUCAAUGAGACAGCUGAAGAGUACUUUGAUCCAGAGGAUGUCUACAAUAAAACUGAAUGUUUUGCGCUGAUUAACGCAAAUUACACAGAAGUGAGGUGGAAAAAUGUGAAGAUCAAUUUUGACAAUGUUGGUGCAGGAUACCUUGCACUCUUGCAAGUGGCUACUUUUAAAGGUUGGAUGGACAUUAUGUAUGCUGCGAUAGAUUCUAGAAGGGUGGAAGACCAGCCUAAAUAUGAGGACAACCUCUACAUGUACAUCUACUUUGUAAUAUUUAUCAUCUUUGGUUCCUUCUUUACCCUGAAUCUCUUCAUCGGUGUCAUCAUUGAUAAUUUCAACCAGCAGAAGAAAAAGUUUGGAGGCCAGGAUAUCUUCAUGACAGAAGAACAGAAGAAAUACUACAAUGCAAUGAAAAAACUUGGGUCAAAGAAACCACAAAAACCAAUACCAAGGCCUCAGAACAUGAUCCAGGGUAUGGUGUUUGACUUUGUGACGCAGCAGGUGUUUGACAUCUCCAUCAUGAUCCUCAUCUGCCUAAACAUGGUCACAAUGAUGGUAGAGACCGAUGAUCAGUCGGAUGACACAGAGAAUGUGCUUUACUGGGUCAACUUCAUAUUCAUCGUGGUCUUCACUUGUGAGUUCGUUCUGAAGCUGUUUGCGCUGCGUCACUAUUACUUCACCAAUGGCUGGAAUAUCUUUGACGUGGUUGUGGUCAUCCUCUCUAUUGUGGGUAUGUUUCUGGCUGACCUGAUCGAGAAGUACUUUGUGUCGCCAACACUCUUCAGGGUGAUCCGUCUGGCUCGUAUUGGCAGAAUUCUGCGUCUCAUCAAGGGUGCCAAGGGAAUAAGAACUCUGCUGUUUGCCCUCAUGAUGUCACUUCCUGCCUUGUUCAACAUUGGCCUCUUACUCUUCCUGGUCAUGUUCAUCUUCUCCAUCUUUGGCAUGUCCAACUUUGGCUACGUGAAACACGGGGCUGGAAUCGAUGACAUGUACAACUUUGAGACAUUUGGAAAUAGCAUGAUCAUCUUGUUUAUGAUCACCACGUCGGCAGGCUGGGACGGCCUUCUGCUGCCCAUCCUCAACUACCCACCGGACUGCGACCCGCUUCUGGAGAACCCUGGCACACCUGCCACUGGAGACUGUGGCAACCCGUCUGUUGGCAUCUUCUUCUUUGUCAUGUAUAUCAUCAUUUCUUUCCUUAUUGUGGUUAACAUGUACAUUGCCAUCAUCCUUGAGAACUUCAGUGUGGCCACAGAGGAGAGCGCAGACCCACUCAGUGAGGAUGACUUUGAGACCUUUUAUGAAAUUUGGGAGAAGUUUGACCCCGAUGCCUCCCAGUUUAUUACCUAUGCCAAGCUAUCUGACUUUGCAGAUGCACUUGAACACCCACUGCGUGUCCCCAAGCCAAACACCAUUGAGCUCAUUGCAAUGGACAUGCCUAUGGUGAGUGGAGACCGUAUUCACUGCCUGGACAUCCUGUUUGCCUUUACCAAGCGGGUGCUUGGCGACAGCGGGGAACUGGACAUGCUUAGGCAACAAAUGGAAGAGCGCUUUGUGGCUGCCAAUCCCUCUAAAGUAUCCUACGAGCCAAUUACAACCACUCUGAGGCGAAAGCAGGAGGACGUGUCAGCGAGGAUCAUCCAACGGGCCUACCGCUCCCACCUGUCCCGGCGUGGAUUUGUCUGCAAACGCAAACCGGCAAACAACAAAGCCGAGAAUCAGGAUCAAGAAAAGAAGGAGGGCACUCCAUCCACUGCCUCCCUGCCUUCUUAUGACAGUGUUACCAAACCUGAAAAGGAGAAACAGGAUGACAACAAUGAGGGCAGGGGAGAAAGAAAAGAGAAAGGCAGAAACCAAAAAGACAUCAGGGAGUCUCAGUGUUAAGCGGGGGGAGGGGGAUAAAUAACCACACUAAUAACAGUACCGAUUAAACUAAUGUAACUUCAAGCCGAGUGAGAGAGUUCUCACCCACACUGAUGUACAGAUUAUUUCAUUUGCAAGUCAGAAAAAUAGUACUCAAUAAUUUUGUUUACAGACUUCAUUCCUAUACUGAUGCAGGGGAAAGCGGGGAAUGACUGAACUUUAGUCAAACCAAACAUAAUCAGCAUUCUGUGUGGCACUGUUAUAUCAACACAACCAAUCCUAACAAAACGGAGAAGGAAGAUGAUAGAAGAAGAAAUCGGCCACAUUUCUGCCAUGUAAUUAUACUGUACACCAGGAGGAGGAAGGCAAAAACAGGAUUCCAGCGCCGUGUAGCUGCAGUGGAUGGAUAACAAGGAGGCUGCUCAAUCGUUCAGCAGCCAAAGUUGAUCUGUGUCAGUGUGUAUAGACACAAAUGAAAGACUCACUCUAUGAGCGAACAGUGGAUAAUGUGGUGAGUGAGAGAAAGACACAAACUGAGAGAGCCUAAAGUGUUUUCUCCUGUUUAAUCAAAAGUAGAUUUUUUAUUUUAUUUUUUUCCUCUUUUUUUUUUUAGCAGCAAAAAUGCAAACCGAGGAACAAACCGACAAAAAAAAAAAAAAAGAACAAUAUUCAUUUAUCCUAUUUCGAUCAACAACUCGCAUUAUUUUUGUUACACCCACAUACAAAAUGCUUUAUUUUACAUUGGCUUUUUGCACCGAAUUGGUAAAAGGGUCUGUUUAUUGACAGGGGUUCAACUUGGGGCCAAGGGCUUCCAUAUACGCAGAAAGAUUUUCAGACAAAUACAUAAUUAUUGUGCUUGUUCAAUGCAUAGAAAUGACUUGCAUGAUGGCAUGUUUUGAUCAGAAAUUUUGCAUGAAUUAUCAUAGUCCACAAGACACUAAUAUUCAGACCUCACUGGUUGCUUGCAGAUCUGUACCAUUAAGGCAUUUCUUUUUUGAUCAAAGUUCCAGAGUUGGAAAGUAAUUUCCUCAGUGAAACAAGCAGUGUGUGGGUUGAUCAGCUGACGCUGAUCAGAUUUCAGCAUUCGACACAUUAUAGAAUUUCAGUCUAUAACCAGAAUGAAACAUCACCUUAGUGGGUGAAAUGCAAGCACUUUCUUUGCUGCUCAGAAGAUUGUAGAAGUGUAACGUGAAAGAAAAAAAUGUCUAAGUAGAUUGAUGGACUGGAAUGUUUGUUUGGACCGGAGUUUUUUUAAGGAAGCCUGAAAAGCUUAUGUUUGUACUUUGUAUGUUCCUGUAAUGUUUUGCAUCAUUGUCCUUUUAUUUUUACAUAAGCGGGAGUCCGCGGUUUGGGUUUUGGCCAACCCCUUUCUCAUACUUACUUUGUCUCUUACUUUUAAAAAAGGGCUCAGCAGUUUGGAUUUUUUUUUUCUUUUAGAGUGUUUUAUUUGCUAAUUUAAACGCUUGCUUUCUUCCCUUGUGUCAUUUUUAAUGUUUCAGAGUCUGAUGAGGCUUAUAUGGCAGUUUUAUAAACUGAAUCAAGCCAAAAGGGAAGCAGUUUUGUGCUUAAAAGGUAUGUUUGGAAUGGUCAAAGUGAGAGAGGUAAACUUCUAAAUGGGUGAUGAGAACAUUGUGUGUGGAGAAGCCAAAGAGAUCUGCCUUGUAAUUCCUUGUUGUCCUUUACUAAAGGAGUGGGACUGCCCAUUCUUUUCUUUUUUUUUUUUUUUUUGCUGUCGUUAUCAGACAGAGAGACCCUAGAAAUGUAUGCAAUGCUUGAAAAAUUCUUCCCUUUUUCUCAGGAGAUAUUAUAGAUGUAUUAUUAAGAGCUCUGCAACAAAAUGCAAUUGAAUGUGGUGGGAGUAUCAUUAUAUAUGAAAUCAUGUUUGAUCAUUUUUGUUUUGUGUCGGUCAUGCCGGUCAGAGUUAGUUUAUUACUUCCUGCUUCUAAAGCAUUGGAAAUAUAAGGCUAGAGGUCCUGUGUGAGGAGGCGACAUAACUUGCUUGUAACUAGUGCAGUAUUUAUAUUUGUAGCCAUUUUAAUGUAUAUUGAAAGUUAAAAACAAGAAGUUCAAACUUACUGCAAACACAGGCCAUGAGAGACGGAGAUGUCACAAGGGUGAAAUGGGAUUAGUUGAUUUUUUAGUAGCACAAAGACAGUAAUCAAAAAGUCCCAAAUUUUAGCAAGUUUUGAGCUUCUUAUUUUCCUUCAUGUUCGGUAACUGUAUAAAAAAACAACAACAUACCAAAUAACCGACAGAGAACCGGAUGCAUCUCUUCUUAUGGUACUGUGAACCUGAGCACCACAACCUAGAGCAUUUGCACCUUCUGUUGUGCAGUGAUGUCACUUCCUUGUUUAUGGAUAAUCCCCCUCAUCCGUUUUAUCCCACCCGCCAGCUGCAUGAAGUCUCCAGAAUCGGUCUAGGUAUCAACUUGAACCAAAUAAAAAUCUGGAUGACACACAUAAAAGCUAUCACCAUGCAUUUUCUCCAACAUCUCCAAGAUUUCUCUCUUGAGGGAAAAAAAAAAGAAUAAAUUGUCAUGAAUAUAUACAUUCAGGCUAUGCUCUAUA